AACACGGAGCGAAGGGGGUGCACUUAAUCGACUGGAAUUGGAUUUAAUUUGAUCAAUUUUCUGUUCAUUGUUGAAAAUCUGGAUUUUCGAGAUGGAUUUGGAUUCGCUCAAAUAUGCAGACAUGCAGCGGCUGGCAAAAGAUGUUGGACUAAAAGCAAAUAUGAAGGCUGAAAAAUUGUUGAAAGCGCUAAAGGAGUAUUAUCAACAUAAAGACCGUGAAGAAAAUACUGAUGAUAUCGGGGAGGUUAGUGAAGAGACUCAGGACACCAAUGUCAGCGAGCUUCCACCACUGUGUGAAGGCAAAACAUAUGUCACCAAGCGUCGUAAUAGAGGUCAAAAGGCAAAGAGGAAACGAGCAGAGGAAGAGGAGGAUGGAGCUGAAAGUGACCUCAACGUGCUGCAGACUUUAAUGCAGACUGAUGAGGAAUUGGGCAAACCAACUGAAGGACAGGAGAGCUCUAAGAGGAGAAGAGUGUCUGUAGAGGAGGAUUCUGGGAUAGGACACCCCGUGGUGGAUGGAAACUCAGGACAGACAAAGCUGCGGCCCAGUGCUGCAGAGAGGACUGUGGGAGGGGUGGAUCAGAAGCCAGUGCGACCUGCUGGGAAAAUCCCUCGCCAUGAGGGGCUCCUCAAAAAGACCACCAGACCUGUGCUGAAGCCAACCACACCAAACUUUAAGAAACUCCAUGAGGCUCACUUUAACAAGAUGGAAUCCAUCGAUUCAUAUGUUCAGAGGAAGAACAAACAGAUGGAGGUCCUAAGGAAUUCAGUAAAGGAAUUAAAGAUGCUUUCAGAGAAGGCCAGCAUCCUCAAACCAGUGGAUAAAAAAGUAGUUACGAAGUCGAAUCUGAGUCGCACCUCGAUGUUCAGCCCAGCAACUCAAGAGAGGAAGUCCAUCUCUGACAAGCGCAGGCUCACCCAACUCUCUGCCAGCAAACCUGCGCUGAAGAACAGCGAAACCUUCAAGCCCACCGUCCUGUCCACGCGAAGGAUCAAUGUCAGGUUUUCGCAGAUGACGGAGGACAACGAGCACAAGCGCUCCCUGGUGAAGACACCUGCACGCAUGUCACCCCACGUAGAGCUCAUUACCACCCCCAAGGCUGCAGCUACUGAGCGGGUAAAGACAGAAGCCAGCAAGCCUGCAAUCUCAGGUACCAAGACACCAGGUGCGACACCAUUUGUUUUCAAAGGGAACACUAGCAUGUCCAGCACGCCAGGGACAAACAAGAAAAAUGCUUUUGACCUGAAGGCCAGCCUUUCCCGCCCACUUACCUACCAGCCACACAAGGGAAAGCUGAAGCCAUUUGGGGUGACUAAGGAAAACGCAGCUCUCAAGCCUCAAACCGCUCAGUCACACCAAAAGAAUUACAAACAACACCAAGUUCAGUCAAGGGAUGAGAGGCGCAAAAGACACACAGAGGACAGGAAGCAGAAGAAGGAGAUGAUGAUUGGGGCCAGGAGAGGCUUGGUCAUGGCCUGAGAGUUGAAG